UAAGGUGGGCAACGACUAAAACCACCCCAGGGACCAAAGCUGCUCCAAAAAUAAAAAACAUAGAAGACGUGGAUAUUGAACUGAAGAUCAGGCAGGGUGUAAAGGAAUACGAAGAAAGGAACAGACUAGGAGCGGAUCUAAGGCUAAAGCCCACCAUUGACGAAAGUCUACUGGAAGAAGAAAACUUUGUAGUUCCAAUCCAGAAGACCGGGACCGAGGAAGAGGAAAUUGGGAGAAAGCAUCACUGCUCCCCGACACCUUCGUUGUUUAGGACGACAGAGCCAUCAGAUGAGGAAUUGGAAGAAGGAGAAGUAAAUGAAGCUGAAGACUGGGAGGGCAAACAAAUCAUCCCAGGUAAGAUUGUAAUGAGAACAGGGAAAUGACCCAAAACUCAGAUGGAUCUGAUCGAUAUGCCGAUUGACAUGAGGUCGUCACCAGAAAGGACAAACAAGACCAAAAGUAAAUCUGAUAUGAAUCAUAUAAGAAUAUCUGAUGGAGUGAAUGGGGUAAGCAAUAAUAAUCUAAACAUAGUUAAAAUUAUAGAAGAUAAAAUUAAAGAAUCGUUAGCUAAGGAUAAUAAGGGAGGAAAUGGCGGAAUAAACCCAACUAAUGAAAGUAACAAGAAUAAAAUCAUAAUUGAGGUUUCUAGCAAAGAGAGUAAUGUGAUGCGAAGUUAUAAGUUAACUACUGGGAUGAAGUUUGAGAUUUUUGAAGAUUAUUUGAUGCCUAAGGUUAAAAUCAAAAGGUUAGACUAUGUGUUUGAUAAAAAGAAAUGUGAGGAUGUGAAUGAAACUAAAUUAAUUGAGGAUAAGCAUAGAGUUCGAGAUAUCAUAAUCAAUCAUAUUGACAUAGAAUAUUACACUAAAAUGAUAGAUAUUAAAGAACCUAUUGAAAUGGUGGAAAAACUAAAGGAAUUAAAAACGUUUGAAACUAGAAUCACGCGAUUAACUGCAAGAAACGAUUUAAACAACUUAAGAUAUGAUGUAAAUAAGCAUAAAGCUUCUGAAUUUUGGGAUUUGUUUGAGGAAAAAGUGAAAGUAUAUGAAAAUACGCCUAAUGCUGAUAAAUUACCGGAAAAAGAUAAAAAGGAUCUGUUUAUACAAGCAAUCAAAGAUGCGGUGCCCAACGUAACUGUGGCUGAUUGUCUACUUGAGGAAUCGACUGGGCGAGAAAUGACGUACAGUCAAUUAAAAAAAUUUAUUUUGCAGGAGGAAGCUUUGAGACCGCAGAGGCAACCACCUAAGUCCGCGUUCAACGCCGGAUUUCGAGGAGGCAAGAGAGGAGAGCAAUUUCAGAGAAGAGGGAAGGAUGAUGUCAGGUGUUAUUCGUGCGGCAAGAAUGGACACAUCAGGAGAGAUUGUCCGACCCCAGGAGAGGUGGUAUGUUACAAUUGUAACAAGGUUGGAAAUCACAUCUCUACUUCCUGCCCGGAGCCAUUCCGAUAUAAUAGGAGGAAGCCGACUGGAGGGGAGCAGGGACCAGCUAGCAAAAGGGCGAAACUGGAACCUGCUCACAACCAAGGACGUGGAAGACCAGACUGGACGGGCCAAGGAGGCCACAACCAAGGAGCCACGAGAGGUGAUGGUGCAGGUUCGAUUAACCGAGGACGUGGAGGCAACAGAGGACGAGGAGGCAGAAGUGCUAGAGGCAGAGGUGCCUCAGCCCAUUUCGGCUACAUGGAAAACCCAGAGCAAGAUCAAUAUUAACAAGAAUAACCUUGGGAGCCACAGACUGGAGAUGAGGAGGGGGAAUAAGGCUACGCCAGAGGCACUUGGUCCAGAGUUCCAAAUAAUAGUCUUAUCAAGACAUAAGGACAUAACGCGUAUGGGAGAGAGUGUGGAAAUAUAUAUAGACCAUAGGCGUUAUGCCGAUGUACAGGAGUGGGGAACGCCAUGUUGGCAUCUCCGCGAGAAACGGCGCUGCGCGCCACUUGCUUCCGAGCUACCGAUCGGUGUACAUCGCCUGUCACUCUUAUCGAAUAAAGCCUUUUAC